AUCUCCCCGCUUUGCACCCGUCUGCCGCAAGCACGUCUCGUCUCCUCCCCCGGGCUCCUUCUCACUCUUUUCCUCGUCCGAUAUCUCAUUUUAGACCUCAUUAUGAUUAGUGCAACAUCCUUCUCAACUCACCUCGGGACCCGACCGCCGCGUUACCGCACUCCCUCACCUCCGCGACGCGCCGUCGAACCGAUUUCACCCUGUUCAACCUCCGACAUCAGAGCCUCAUGGAUUGACCGCAGCAUCGCAAGGGUGGCUGCCUCCGAUCGCGACUUAUACCCCCAGAAUCAGAGUGACUAUCCUCUUGCAGAUCAUGCGGCUGCUCAUCGACCGAGCCAUGGCAGAUCGAGUUCGACCAUCGACGCUCUCGCGACCAUUGCUUUAGCGACAAGUCCUACCUUCGCACCUCUCUCCUACCGACCUUCCUCUCCACACUCAAAACCUGCAUUGUCGCUGUUCCCCUCCGGAUCUAGUGACUCCUCCGAACGCCCCGCCAAGCGACCGCGCUCAGAAAAAGAUCAAUCGCCAUUCCUUUCCCAUCGGUCGCUGCCCGGAUCGGAUGCAAAUUCUUCUUCGCUGCUCGAUAGUAUGAAGACAGAUGCAGAGCUUCUAUUGAAUUUUGCCCGACCCACCAACUUUCAACCUACCUUUCAAUCCGUCAAGCGGGUCAGCAUAGAUGAGCCCGCUCUUUACUCCGGCGAUGACACACGGCGUUUCGACAGGAUUGGGUCCGCAGUGGGAUCAUGGGCCGCUCAUACCGAAAACUCUACCCACUUUGGUUCGAGCAAUAACGCUCUUCCACAGUCCCGAAUGAGGUCACAGUCCGACGGUUCAGCAGCCAUUGCGCGACCAACAAUACAAGGCCUGCGACCUAACACCAGUUCUUCAACGCUUCCACCAAUUCUCUGGCGGGAUGAAGAGGACGCGGAGGACGAUCACUGGGUAUCAGCAAACAAACAGAUCUUGGGCGGCGCACAGUCGGGCCCACAGUUUAUCGAUGUUAUGCGUAGCACUCAUGCCGGGUCAAUACCGAAAGAACUACCUUCCAAGUUGGAGGACGACACAGAGUCGGAGGAGUCUGGUCAAGCCAGCUGCGCCGCUUGCAAUCUCGUUCGUAUACCAGUCGACACUGGUGAGCAGGGUGAUGUGACCUGGAUCAGUUGCGACGGCUGCAAGCGCUGGUUCCAUAUUGUCUGCGCUGGUUUCAAAAACGACAGAGAGGUGCGGACUGUGGAUAAAUUCAUUUGCCGCGCCUGCGGCCCCUUCCAUGGACGAACCACAUUUGUUCGCAAGUCAUCUCGCGCCCGUACCGCCAUCGAUUACGCUGGGCUAAACCAAGGGCUAGUGAAAGCCGCAACAGACUCACUGGAACACCAUUACAUUGAUCCCAUCCGCCAAGGCAAGAUUCGAUUUCUUCCUGAAAACUUUCCCCGCAUGCGCCCGGAGCUCAUCACGGCCGAGUACUUCGAACGAGGCAGUGGCAUGACGGAGCCGAUAGUCAUCCCUGCCGAAUGGAAUACACGGGACUCAGUCCCAACCAUACACCCGGACUUAGAUGCAUUGGCGCAGGAGGCCUCCACGCAAGAGAUGUUCGAUGAACUCUUGGACCAUCUCAACGCGCAAGAGGAAAGCUUGGAGCAGGUGGUAGAUUGUGGCCAAGAUCAACUGGACAUGGUGAUCCCUCAAGGCCUGACGGUCAGACAAGUGGCCGAGCUUUAUGGACCCGAAGAGAGGGUCGAAGUCAUAGAUGUCAAAUCCCAACAGGGAGAGGACAAGAGGUGGACUAUGCAAAAAUGGGCCGACUACUAUGAGAGCACUGGUGACAAAGUAGUGCGAAAUGUCAUCAGCUUGGAAGUGUCCCAAAGUCCAUUGGGAAGGUUAAUUCGACGACCGAAAGUGGUUCGCGACUUAGACUUGCAAGAUUCAGUCUGGCCUCAAGAGCUUCAAGCGAUUGGGGACUAUCCAAAAGUCCAAUUCUAUUGCUUGAUGUCAGUGGCCGAUUGUUAUACCGACUUUCAUAUCGACUUUGGUGGAUCAUCUGUCUACUACCACAUCCUGAAAGGCAAGAAGACUUUCUUCUUCAUUCCACCUACGGACAAGCAUCUGAAGAAAUAUGAGGAGUGGUGUAACUCCCCGGCACAAGACACGACCUUUCUUGGUGAUCAAACCAAGGAAUGUUAUCGCGUGGAUUUGGCUGAAGGAGAUACGAUGCUGAUUCCCUCGGGCUGGAUUCAUGCCGUGUGGACUCCGGAGAAUAGUCUGGUAAUUGGUGGUAAUUUCCUGACCAGAUUGAAUUACGGGAUGCAGAUCAAGAUUGCAAAAAUCGAGAAAGACACCAAGGUGCCAAGGAAGUUCCGAUACCCCUUCUUCCAGAAAAUCCAAUGGUAUACCGCGUUGAAGUACCUUGAGGAAGAUCCGGUUCCGCAGGGCGUUCUCGAUGCGUUUGCACAGGAUGAGAAUUACCGCUUCCAUCGCGACUAUCCCAUUUACUAUGAGUUCGGAGAUAGGACGAAUACUGCUCCUGCGGGCUCUCCCUAUCACAAUUCACGCUUCUACUCACAAGCCGAGCUGGAAGGCUUGCCAGAUCUUGCAAAGUACCUCCUGCGUACCGCCUUGAUUGCUGGUUCCUACCUUGUGGAAGGAGUAACGAUGGAUGCUAGGAAUGCGGUCAAACGAUCGAUACCGAAGACACCGGGAGACCCAGUUGACGUUGUUAAGCACUUUGGGAUAUGGGUUGCAUGGAAACGUGGAAACGAGAAAGCACCUCACUGGACUCGUCCCGGCGUGAUUGAAAGCAACCCAAAGCUCAGCCUCGCUGAGAAAAAGCCAGCCGGAAGACCUAGUCGUCGCUCAGAGCGCAAUGUGGACAGCCAGCGUACUUAUGCAGAGCGGCAGGCUGUGCAGCGACUACCGGAGCAUCCAAAAGACUUGGCGAACGAGUCUAGCGACAAGAGCAGCUCUAGUGUGCCUUCGACCACGGAUUCUCAUAUGCCAGCGAGCGUGUCAAGCACCAGUACGGGUAUCAAAGAGGAGCCCGUGCCUAAGCCACGAACUGCACCUCGGGCUUCUGGGUUAGGCCCCAAGCGGGUUGCAUGUGAUGCUUGUCGCAAACGCAGAAUCCGCUGCCAUCACAAGGACGAACAAAAUGAUAAUCUCUCAUCUAAACAGACGGCCAUGGGGGCUUUCGGUGUCGGGGUCCAUUCGCCGGCGCACGAUGCAGCGUCGGCUCUGAACUCCUUGGCGGCCAUUGCAUCAGAAGCGGGUCUUCAGGACAAUGGUGCCAGUAGGAAUAUGGAUCGCUUCGAAGCCUCAAUGAUCACUGUGGGCACCCCGCAUGCACAGACUAACAGACUCAACGAUCUCAGUCCCGAGGGGCCAAAUACCGGAAAGAAAGGCCGGAGCAAGGCCUGCGACGACUGUCGGAAGAGCAAGCGCCGGUGUAUCCAUGAUGAGUAUGGAAGAAUUGAUCCCGUCAAAGCUCAGGAACGAGCGAAGCCACGAGCCGCGGCCUCCGUGAAACGACCUCGUCCCCAUGAAGAAGGAACUGGCUCAGCCGUUAGCAAACGCUUGAAGCAAGAAAGUACUUCUCCCAUGUCGCGGCCGCUCCAAUUCAAUAGUAGAGACAACGGUAUGCUGGAAGCACAGGACCAGGUCGGUCAUGCUCCGAAGGAUCUUGACCUCAAUGGCCCGUAUGCCGAUGUCCCUCACGAGGUCCACGGCCCUCUGCAACAAGCAGCAACGGACAAGGAAGCCCCGCUCGGGCAGACCUCGUACGCAUCACCGCCUGCCUUCCAGUCCGAUACCGUGGUGACGAGUGAGGUCAACUCUGCUCUUGCUUCUAAGCCAACAGCUACUCUUGUUUCUCCACCCACGUCGUUGGUGGACGAGACCGAUGUUCCCAACGAUUAUGCAGAUGGCGAAGGGGAACACGUGGUGAUCCUUCACACGCCCACAUCUAGCUCGCGACAUUCUUCCCGUCAACCUCGCCAGGUCGACCGGUACGUACCCGAGGUUUCUGUUAGCAAGACGAAUAAGCCGGCAACGCACAUGCUUGGCGCGCGCCGUUCAUCAUUCGGCGCAUCGACGACCGGUGUACAGAGAUCUACUCCUGGCCCAUCCUCGGGGACGAAGAAAACAGCGUCACGGCCCUCAUCAUCACACAAUGCGAAGAAGAGCUUCUGGCCCACGGACGAGAAGAAAGGCGAGCGUACUACUGCAUCUUCGACUUCGCCCAGUCAAAUCAACAAAUCCACGAAGCGUGCGGCUGACGACGAGCCGGAUGCUGAGAGUCUUCGUCUGAUCCGUGAACUUCAAGAAGCCGAGUUUGGUCUUCGAAAGCGAUCUACAAGAGCGUGAACCGGUUGCACGUCUCCCCGCGGGAGAAAAAAAUUCGGCUUGCGUUUUUCGACCGCAUCUGGAUUGUUUUCAAUUGGGUCACCGACUUGUCCGGACCGAUAACGGUUCGAGGCAACGAUUCGGCUUUUACCUGGGAUGCGGAGUUUGAGAGUUGGGGGGUGUCUGAUGGACAUGGUAAUGAAUGUUUUUUCUCAUCAUUCUUUGAUUUGGUUCAUGGAUUGCGAGUUCAUUUGGCGUCCCGUUGCUUGGUUGGGUGUUCUGCAGAGUUGUCUUUACCCAUAACCCCCGUGUCUUUUUUACGUCGUUCGAGAACCCUUUCAGCCUUUUCUUCUUUCUCGUGUGUGUGUUGUGUGUGUGUAUCCGGCG